AUGGAGUUUUUUCUGUCGAGUAAAAAUUCAAAAUCACUCGACAUUCUUGACGCUUACUUUACACGCAUACGAAUAAACGCGAAUCGAGAAGAAGCCGAAGUCGUCGAUCUGCUUCGACUCCUUCUCUCUCUCUCUCUGUGUGUGUGUGUGUCUACUCGUGGUCUCAAAAUCUCUGAACGGUUCACCUGCAGAGCAAAGAGAGAAAGAAAGAUGAAUUUCGUGAAUACAUUCGUUUCGAAUUUAGAACACCUGGACCAAACGGCGCAAACGAUAUCGAAAGAAACGGACGGAGAUUUGAAAGAAACCAUCGCGAAAAACUUACCAUUCGUGACGAACAAAGUCAUGCAGGAAAUAACCGCGAGAGGUUUUAUCAGCGGCGGCGGGAGAAACGACGACGAGGACGAGAGGAAGAGGAGAGAAAAUCUCGAGGAUGAUGCGAAACGGUUGGAGAGUGCAGAGGAGAUUUUGAGAGCGCUUAAUAAUGCCAUCGAUGAGGACGACGACGCGCCUCGUUUACCUCAUCUUUCUCCUCUCGAAGACGGAGAGGACGGAGACGCAAUACAUCGACGGGAAAGUUUGCGUCGUCAAACGGAGCUUCUUUUGCCGGCGCUGCGCGCGCUCGAGGCGGAGGUGGAAACGCUUCAAUCCCGAGCGAACGAGAGGAAGUUUCGAGAGGAAGAGGAGGCGAAGAAACGCAUGGAAGCGAGGCAACACGAGAUGCAGGAAUCGAUGCGAUUAGAGCGGUUGUUGGAACGAGAGAGAAAUGCGCGAAUGGAGUUGGAGAGGUUCGAGGAGGAGCGGGUGAUGGCCAUGAAGAACGACCAAGGCGAGUGCGAGAAGACGACGAGGGAGUGUCAAUUGGCCAAAGAGGAGAGAAGGAAGGAGAGCGAAAAGGCGGAGAGGGAGAAAAAAAUGGCGGAGAAGGAAGUGGAGGAGAUUGAAAGGAGAAUAGCGGAAGCAGAGGAACGGUUGAGAAUUGAGAGAAGUCGCCUGGCGUCCGUGUCUGCGUCGAAGAGGACAGUCGCCGCCGAGGCUACCGAAGAAGAAGAAAACGCGGAGGAGAGAGAGCGCAGGCGCCAACUCAACCGUCUCGUCGAGGAGGCGAAACGCGAGUUGAAACUUUUAGACGAACAAAUAUACGAACAAAACCAAAACAAGGCGCGGUAUCGCGAAAACUCGGUCGAUUAUCGAGCGGAAAUGCAACGUCGACUACGUUCGUUGGACGAACAGUUACAAUUUCGAAGGAUGAAGUUAGCAGGGCUGGAGUCGCAAAAAUCCGACGCGGAGAGAGAGUUGGCGAGGUGUAAAAAUGAGAACAACAGCAACGCCGCCUCGCAUCGCGCGAGCGUUUUAGACGAAUUCAACGUCCAUCCAACAGGAGGAGGAGAGAGAGGUGAAAAAGGAACGCAACGACGACGCACCGCCGCGGCGGCAGCCCCGCGCCGAAACGAAGGAACUCUCAUCGACGACAACGACGACGACGAUAGAAAAGCGCUCAAGAAAGGCAAUACCACCCGUCGUCAGAAACUCGACGCGUCAAUCUCCCUCGCUCUCCGCCUCCUCCGAGAUUCGCCUUCUAUCCGCGGUCUCUUCGUCCUCGUCUUUGCGUUCGUCCACGUCUACGUGUUCGUUUCCUCGGCGAAGCACGCUUUGCACAACGACCCGAACCAUCGCGAAGGGAAGGAGCACCAUUAA